CAGUGAUCCACCUGAAUCAACAGGAGUGUUUCAUCAGCAACUCCCAAGGUGUAAAUCAUGGUGCGGAUUAUUAAAGACACGAAUGAGUUGAUAGCAUUUUUGAAAGCUGCUGGAUACAAACUUGUAGUGGUGGAAUUUUCCGCAAAAUGGUGUGGUCCCUGCAAAUUGAUGGGUCCUGUUUUUCAUGCAAUGUCUCUGAAAUACAAAAAUGUAAUGUUUGCUAAUGUGGAUGUGGACGAAUCACAGGAGUUGGCUGAAUUUUGUAACGUACAAGCAGUGCCCACAUUUCAGAUGUUCAAGCAAAUGCAGAAGAUAAAUCUGAGUGUAAUGCUAAGUGGAAGAAGCCAGGCACACAAGAAUACAUACUGUAGGAUUUUAUGUGUAAAAGCUCAUAAACAGGCAAAGCCAGUUUAUGUGAAGAAUUCACAACAGUUUGCCUUUGGGCCCAAGCAAAUGCUGUACGGUUCUGUGGACCCAGCUCCUCGUGCUUUACUGGGAGAAUGCCACACGAAACUGAGCACAACUAAGAAAGAGCAGGGUAGCGAGGUUUUCCAAAGAUUGCCACAGGUAGAGCUCUCCACAAUGACUGAAGAACAGAUGAAUGCCUUCUUGCUCUGGUACACCCCAAAUACAGUAAAGCUGCUCACCAGUUGA